AAUUUGAAUCAAACAUAAAAAAAAAAUCACUAAAUUAUUGUUUACCCGUUGUCAAUGUCAUCAUAAACUGUCACUCAUCUUUACAUAAAAUUUCACGUUUUUAAACUGUAAAACCAUGUCCGGAUACACAAACGAUGCAUUUUGGGCCCCAAACAACAGAGAUAUUACGAAUUUUUACGAUACAAACGAUGAGUAUGAAAAUAUGCAAUCUCAACAAUUAGAUUUUCAAACGUUUAAUAAUCAGGCUGGGAAUACCUAUUACGCGCCUCAAAACCAAUUUGGAACUGAUUUCCCUGAUAUGUUGGUUCCUGAUUAUUCUAAAAUACCAACAGUUCAAAAUGAUGGUUUUGAUGAGCCCCCUUUAUUGGAAGAGUUGGAAAUCUACCCAGAUAGGAUCAUGGAAAAAACCAUAGCAGUUUUAAACCCGUUUCGAAGUCAUAGUUUAGCUGAUGAUUCAGAUUUUUUAAAGGAAGGGGCUGAUUUAGCUGGACCCUUAGUUUUUUGCUUAGCCCUUGCUGUUUGUUUAUUUGUUUCAGGCAACAAAACGCCUGCCGGUUACAUUUAUGGCUUCUCUAUAAUCUCAUGCCUUUUAAUGUACUGCUUAUUAAAUCUAAUGACUCCAUCAAAUGAUAUUUUUUCUUUAGGCGUUGUUGCGAGUACAUUAGGUUAUUGUUUAUUACCCAUUGUUACUCUUAGCUUUAUUGGGAUAUUUUAUACAUUGCAUGGAAGUAUUGGAAUUUGUAUGGCGAUUUUUUGUAUAAUUUGGUCCAGUUUAUCAGCUUCUAGGUUAUUUGUGGGCAUGUCUGGGGAUUCUGAACAAAGACCGUUAAUUAUGUAUCCUUCCGCUCUUGUGUACGCCGUUUUUUCAUUACUUGUAGUUUUUUAAAUUCCAUUGCGGUAUUUUUUUGUAAUUAAAAGUCUGAAAUAAAUUAUAAUUUAUUAUGCAACCCAA